CUCAAAAGUCAACUGAGGAAAACAGGGGAGAAGACUAAAAGGCCCUCGAGUGCAGGCUAUGUGUCUAAACGACAUCGUAUUUAACAGCAGCCCUUUGGUAAAGAAGAAGAGAGACACGAGGAAAGGAAAAAAGAGAAUCUGGGGGUGGAGAGGAGAGACGGAAGAUAGAUUGAAUAAUAUCAAAUGGCGACAUCGAGGCUUCAAGCUCUGUGGAAUCACCCUGCCGGACCUAAAACCAUUCAUUUCUGGGCGCCAACGUUCAAGUGGGGAAUCAGCAUUGCUAACAUUGCAGACUUUGCUAAACCUACUGAUAAAAUAUCCUACCCUCAGCAGAUUGCUGUUACAUGCACUGGAGUGAUCUGGUCUCGCUACAGCAUGGUUAUCACUCCCAAAAACUGGAACCUCUUUAGCGUCAAUGUUGCUAUGGCUGGGACUGGCAUGUACCAGCUUGCUCGUAAAAUCAAAAACGAUUUUGCAUCUGAUGUGGAGCCCGUUGUUGCUAAAGAAUGAUUACGACGAAAAAACAAGAAGAAGAUGAAACAUCAAAGGAAAGAUGGGAUAUCAUCGUCAUAUUGCUUGUGUUUGCAAAAUCUAGUUUCAAGAUAUUUGAUUUUUCCUUUUCAUUCCCAGAUCUUAAGGGGCGAAUUACCAAAUAAGUUUUCUUUUUAAUACCCAUAAUGCUUCUCUCUGUCUUUGAUGCGGUAUCUAUGGAAACUUUGCCACAGUGA